UCGCCCGCUCGCCCGCUCGCCCGCAAGUACCCGGGAGCGCGCGGUUCCGCUAGCGCCGAGUUCCGCGCGCCCGACCGAGGUGGCCGCGGUGGCGGGAGCCCUGGCUGCUGUGUUCCACAUGUCCAUUAUGAAGUUACUAGUGAUACUUUUAUUUCUGGGACUUCUCACUGGUUGUAUCGGUAACUCUCCCUAUAGCUUGACACCGCAGUUACUUCUGGUGUCCUUUGAUGGCUUUAGGGCUGACUACCUAAAGAACUAUGACCUCCCUCAUCUCCAGAACUUUAUCAAAGAAGGUGUCUUGGUGGAACAUGUUACCAACGUAUUCAUCACAAAAACGUUUCCAAACCACUACAGCAUCGUGACAGGCUUAUAUGAGGAAAGCCAUGGCAUUGUGGCCAACACCAUGUAUGACGACGUCACAAAGAAACAUUUUUCUGAAUCUAAUGAUAAGGAUCCAUUUUGGUGGAAUGGGGCAGUGCCUAUUUGGGUGACCAAUCAGCUUCAAGGAAACAGAUCAAGUGCUGCUGCCAUGUGGCCUGGUACUGAUGUGCCCAUUCACAAUGUUACACCUUCCUAUUUUAUGAAUUACAGCAGCUCGGUGCCCUUUGAGGAGAGACUAAAUAAUGUUACCACGUGGCUCAGUAGUUCCAAUCCCCCAGUCACCUUUGCUACACUCUAUUGGGAAGAACCAGAUGCAAGUGGCCAUAAAUAUGGCCCUGAAGACAAAGAAAAUAUGAGCAGGGUAUUGAAAGAAAUAGAUGACCUUAUUGGCAAUCUUGUACAAAAGCUCAAGGUGUUAGGACUGUGGGAAGACCUUAAUGUGAUCAUUACAAGUGAUCAUGGGAUGGCUCAGUGUUCUGAAAACAGACUGAUAGAUUUGGAUUCCUGCAUCGACCGUUCAAACUACAGUGUUAUAGACUUAACCCCCGUGGCUGCGAUUCUUCCCAAAAUAAACAUAACAGAGGUUUAUGACAGAUUGAAACACUGUAGCCCUUACAUGAAUGUUUAUCUUAAAGAAGAUAUUCCUAACAGAUUUUACUACCAACAUAAUGAUCGAAUUCAGCCCAUUAUUUUGGUUGCUGAUGAAGGCUGGACAAUUGUUCUAAAUAAGUCAUCAUUAAAGUUAGGUGACCAUGGCUAUGACAAUUCCCUGCCUUCAAUGCAUCCAUUUCUUGCUGCCCAUGGCCCUGCUUUUAGAAGAGGCUACAGGCAGAGCACCAUUAACACUGUGGAUAUUUACCCAAUGAUGUGCCACAUCCUGGGACUAAAACCACAUCCCAAUAAUGGUACGUUCAGCCAUGCCAAGUGCUUGCUAGUGGACCAGUGGUGCAUCAGUCUCCCCGAAGUCAUCGGAAUUGUCAUCAGUGCACUGUUGCUAUUAACCAUGCUCACAGGCCUCAUAAUAUUCAUGCAGAACAGAGCAUCUGCCUCCCGCCCAUUCGCUCGCCUCCAGCUGCAAGAAGAUGACGAUGAUCCUUUAAUUGGGUAACCUACAGUGUCUUACUAAUUUAAAAACUAAGGAUCCGUGCAGCUAAUGUUGUUACAGCCAUAUGGAUAUACAUGUCAAAAGACAAGACAGACGUGCUAAAAUUACUCUGGCUUUUCUUGUGUCUUGUUUGUGUUGCCUGAUAUAAAUGACCCCAACAGUAGUAGAGUUGCUGGUAGAACCGUUAAAACCACCUGUUUUCACUAACAAGAAAUAGCCUUUGAGAAAAGCACUCUGGUUUCUUUCUUUUUCAAUAAAAAUCUGACUUUAAGUGAAAAUAUACCAGAAUUUAAUAGGCAUGCUUUUGUAACAAAUUUAUAUAUUUGUAAAUGACACAAUAUUUAUGUACUAUGUAAAUUUAUGAAUUUUGUGUAUCCUGGAGAAAAGGUGGCUAUAUUUUUAUAUUUGCCUUUAAGUAGUGUGAGUCCCAAAAAGACCCUUGAAGUAGGAAAUCCUGUAAUUGUUAAUAAAUUAAUUAGCCACAUAGUAUAGUUGUAGCAUACAAAGAAAUAAUUUUAAGUAAAGCUGCUAAAAACAAACAAAAACCAACUAAGACUAUUUAAAGUCAAGUCUGAGCUUGUUAAGACCCUUAGCCGUUAACCCCUCAAAUGUUGUCUUUGGAGCUGGGCAUGGUGGUGAACUCCCGGAGGCCAAAUAGUUAGGAGGAGGAGGAGGCAGGCAGAGGACCCUGAGACCCAGUCCAACUGGGCUAUGUACCAAGACCUUGUGGUUUUGUUUGUUUGCUUGAGUUACACUUUUUGGAUGCUAUUGUUGGUAAGAAAUGUUAAAGAAAAUAGAGAACAAAAUGUUUGUCCCCAUUUUCAUUUAACCCUUUGGUAAGUUGUGAGUGCAAGUGUCUUUGUGUGUGUGUGAAUGUGGCAAUGCCAUGUGACUUACAAAAACAGAACACGGCUGUCAGGAGAGGAUCUGCGCAGGGUAAAGGCCACUUCUUGCACACCUUAGUUGUAUACUAACAUCAACAAUUACGAGUCACAGUUUUCAGUUCUCCUGUCUAUUGGAAGUGUUCAAAUGCUGUAGAAAAAAAAUGCGACCUGCUGCAAGGUGAGGAUGCUUAUAUUUACCUUUGAGACUUUUUAAUGUGCCUUCUGUACAGCCUUCUGUACGGUGGUAAGAACCACAAGGUGGAGUUUAGGUUUCCGCUCUUUGCAGAGGUCAUGUGCUAAGGGGCAGAGCAGUUUCAGCCCUGCACUUCCGGCUUCCUCCCUUGACUCAUCCUAACACCCUUCCUGGGAGCUAUAUACUUGUGAUGAAGCAUUGGUGCCUCAGAACCAGAAUCAUUAGGACAAGUAGCCUGAUGUCCAUUGGGAAGAUCAGUGGUUCAUUGGCCUGUGUGAUAUUUGAAGUUUUGACAGUGUAAAACAAACUUGGUUAUUGCUUUUCAUAUAUAAGAUGGCUCUAGAGUAAGUGUGCAGCACAGUUAAACACUAUCUGAGAGAGACGACAUCCCUCAUUCAUCUUAGAGACGUUGCAUUGCAUUGGUUCACUGCUAAUUUCCUAAGUCCUAUAUCUGGUGCCCAAAUUUUUGGGGUUUUGAGAGGCAUUUCUGUACAUUUGUAAUCUGUGCUGUUGGUUCUAAAAUGGGUAUUUUAGAAAUAGAACAGGACUGAUUUUGUUCAUAAAUGUUCUGGUUUACUUCUGUUACAUGUAAUAGUGAUACUAAAAGAUAAAGAGUUGAUGAAAUAAAAUAGUAGAGAAAUAUCCACAUACUUCAGUUUCUAUCUUUAAAAUACAACAACUGAACUGCCAUAGUGACUUUGAAAAAAACAGUGGAUGCUUUUGAACUGUCUGCCAGCAGAGUAUUUAAUGUUAGUUGAAGGCAGCUUAGUCCAACAGUGUGGUGAGUCCCAAUCACCCUCUUAGCUCAGUUGUGGCUUAUACAGUGUCAAACCUGUGAGUGGGUUUUAAGGAAGGGUGUGGUAGGAAGGGAGGGAGUCCUAUCAGUGUCUGUGCCCUUGCAACAGAUGUAUUUAUUUUGUCUUUUAUUCUAUUCUCAGGGUACUAGCACCAGGUAAUGGUUUAUAAAGUGUGUAUUCAGGAAACAAGAAUAAUAUUUACUUAAUUAAAUAGAUUAUUAUAUUGAACUUUGUGCUAAUUCAUUUGUAUCUUUGAAACAAUUUAUCACUCUUAAAGCCCAUGACUCCAGUGCUGCUCUGAGAAAACCUUGUAGGAAAGCGAGUCUUUGACAUGGAGGUUUGUGUGUGUGUGUGUGUGUGUGUGUGUGUGUGUGUGUGUGUGUGUGUGUUGUCAAAUGAUUAACUAAAGUUCUGCUCUACUUUGUGUUCAGGAUAAAGUAUUGGCUUCAGGAAACAUUUAGCUCUUGAUGACAGUACCUAAAGGCAAUAGGAAAGUGUUGGUGUAUUUUUGUUACUUCCAUGAGUCAGCUCAGAAUUAAGUACCUCUCUGGACUUCGUAGUAGAGGGACAGUCAUGUUGUUAUCUAUUUUUCUGUGCUCUUCUGGAAGAACAAAGGGGUUUGAAGGGGUAUGAUAAAGGUUUGCUACCAGGGCUGUCCAGUAGGCUUUUCUUUAAGAAUCCAUAGGUAAAGCCUUGGAAUAUUAAAGGAUCAAAUGCCUUUGCACUGAUCUUGGGUGUUUCCCUCCUGUGCCCAACUUGUAAGUUUUAAGGAUGAUUCGCUUUAAUUCCUCUUAGGUAGAGUGGUUCAUUUCAUUGUUUAUUUAUAUCAUUACAAAUGAAGGACAAAGAUGGAGCUGUAAAGUGUCUAUUUAUUGUCAGUUCUCAAGUGGUGUGUAAAUACAGUGAGUGCUUUAGGGAAACUUGUAGUGCCUUAAGUUAAAGGGAAAUGCAUUUUGACCAGAUUGUUUGAACUUGUAGCUAAUGACUUUGCUUAUGAUUAAAAUUUAUGUAAAUAAAGUCUCCUGAAACAAA